AUGGAAGAGCUGACGACGCGCCCCAAUCUCGAGUACAUCUCCCCAAUGCUUCAAAGAGCUCAGAGAGGAGCGACCACUAUUACACAGAUAAAGAGCGAUGACGCGCCUCUCGUAACGAAUGGCAGCCGGUCCGACAUGGACCCGCUAAGUUCGAUGCACUCGCUCGUCCUUAAUUCUAAGCCACCGUCCGCAACGGUAUUCAUAGCGGCGACGCAACCAGAUCGGACGGCGAGCACGCCUAGUUCAAACGCUCAAGCAGCCAACGGUCCCCACGUGGUCACUAUCAGAAUAAACACGGACACCGACAAGCCAAAAGCGCCGAAGAUCUCGAGCGUGCACCUCAAAAGCGAUGCCGACUUCGAGACGUUCAAAAUCGGCGACACAAAAAAGAACAAUAGCCUAGUAAGAAUUAAUGUGGACGAGAACCGACCCAAGAUCCGCGAUAACGAGGAAACAGCAAAGAUGGAUAAAGCGCCGUACAUAUACUGCAACUCGUAUGUGUCCACCAGCAUGAUGUCCAGUGGCCAAUGUUCCCCCAGCGAUACACUCGAUUCGGGGACGUGCAGCGACCUAGACGGGACGCCGCCGCCACUGCCGAAAAAGAAAACGUCCAAGUCAUCCUCAAAGAAGGCUGUCACAGUGACAAUGAUAAGCUCCACGAGGAACGGUGAAUUGGAUUUCGAAGACAACGAGUCCAACAUAUCGUGCGACUCCUUGAACAGCAGCGACCUAAAUGGGAGCGUGCACGCAGAUGAUAGUCAAUGCGAGGACAUGGUCAAAAAGGAGACGCGAGAAGCGGAGCCACCUGCCCCGCCAGUCAUGCCCACGUUCGCGGCCAAAGCGACCGACAAAGAGCGCUUUCUACCGCAAGGCCUCCUUAAAGAUAUCAGAGACCGCUCAGCGAAACUCAACACGCCCGAAACCGAAAGUGACUCGGCCGAGCGAACGCACGAGGAAGCGGGCCGGAAUAUCAAUGAUAAUGCUAAUUCUAAUGAAGAAAGCGAGCGACUUACAUCGUUCCGGCUUGUGUCGCAGUUGAACGGCGAGCUGGCUGACAAUAGCACCGAGUCGUUGCCGACGAGCUUGGGCAGCAAGACGCCGUUGAUAAUUGAAAGUUACGAGGAGAGAAAGAAGGUGGACGAGAUGAAACAAGAGCGAUUGUGCUACAGCAGCCACUACUUCGACGCGGACAAGUUCUACGAUUUCCAUCUGAACGAGAAACAGUUCGAUGUGCCAGUCAAUAGUGCGAGUGUCGAUAAGAGUGUGAGUGAGGAGCCACCCGAGCUGGAGUACUUUGCCGGCGUGAAGGACUACAGAAACGAAGAGCCACCUUCCACUAUAAGGAGCUCAAAGGGCACGAUACGCGGAGUGAAGAACCGCGUGCGAGCCGGUAUAGCAACAUUUCUCCAAAUGCAGAGCACCACAAAGAGCUACAGAGAAAAGGAUGCGGGGAAAGUGGUGCUGUACACGACGACUAUGGGCAUCGUGAGAAGCACCUACCAGCGCUGCGUCCUCGUGAAGAAGAUCCUCAGGAACCUCCUGGUGAAGUACGACGAGCGAGACGUGUUCAUGAGCACUGAGUACCAGGACGAGAUAAGGGACAGGAUGAAAAGCGAUCAGAUACUGGUGCCCCAGCUAUUCAUCGACGGCCACCACAUAGGGGACGCGGACACCGUCGAGAAGCUGAACGAAUGCGGCGAACUUCGUAAAAUGUUGAAACCUUAUAAGAGUCCGGACGCCUGCAACACCUGCCAGGUAUGCGGCGGUUUCCGCCUGCUACCCUGCCGCAUCUGUAACGGGUCAAAGAAGAGCCUCCAUCGGAACCACUUCACAGCUGAGUUCGUCGCCCUCAAAUGCAUGAACUGCGAUGAGGUUGGCCUAGUGAGAUGCGAGGCGUGCUCC